UCACGAGGACGAAGGGGGGAUGGUUACCUAUCCUCUGUUCUCGGGAGAAAGCAUGGUGCGCGCCCUCGAGGAGAACUUCACCCACUUCGGCCCCGUCAGCUUAGGCUUCCAGGAUGAGGAGGACCCCGUCGCUCUGGCCACGAGGGUAUACAAGCACUACUUGGGGGACAUUGUGUUCGACGAACAGCAUAGUGACCAGCUAACUCGGGCCUACAGCGACGUGCAUUUCAACCUGCCACACGACCUCACCUCCCAGAUCUUCGCUAGAGACCCUGGCACCAAAAUCUACCGCUACGAGCUAAAACACCGAUCGCAACUCUCCUUCGGUGACAUCUACGACAUGUCUUUAGGGAAAAACUGGAUCACCCACGCCGAUGACCUGUACUACCUGUUCCGAGGCGGCCCCCUCUUCGCGCCCGACUCCCCCCCCGACAGGCCGGGGACCUCCAGGACGAGGACGACCUCAGGCUCAGGGACAUCAUCACCGCCAUGUGGACCAACUUCCAGCAAAGCUCGGUCGGCAGGCGCCCUCUGCCCCUCCUUCGCCCCGACCCAAGAGGCGCAGACGGAGGCCCUCAAUCCCUCCCUUUCCGCCCGCAGGAACCCGACGCCCGACGACUCCCUGGGCUUCACGUGGGAGGCGGCGACGGAGAGCAACUUCCGGCACCUCGCCCUCAAGCCCUCGCCCGAGAUGAUGGAGGACGACCAGCGGCAGGAGAUUCGCCGUUUCCUGACGUCGCUGCCACCAGAGUCAACCGGCUGCUCCGCCCCGACCGCAUCCCGCAGGAGGAGGACGACCCGACGACGCGAGCCACGCAGGACGAGUUGUGACGUCAUCGGCCGCGUCACCGUCGGCGGUUAUUUUCACAGUGAUUUUUUAGAUCGAGAGUUUUUAGAUCGAUUGGUUGUGCAAUAAUGAAUUAUCAUUUCUCUUUUUCGUAUUGAUGAUUAUUGAUGAUUGUUUUUUUUCAUAAUUCUUUCUUUUUUUUUUUUUAUUUUUAUCUUUUCCAAUAGUUUCAUUAUUUACAUUGGUUAUUUUCACAUUUACAUCAUAUUAAAGAUACUAUUUACUUUAAUACGAUGUUAUAGACGCUAAAAAAAACAAGAAAAA